UCUCUAACUGAGCACCAUCAGAUCAAAUCAUAGCUGGUUGACCGAAAGUCAAAGCAAAAGGAACAUUAAGCAAUUCCUUACAGAAGAAAAAGGUUCUUAGAGUAUCUUUCAUUCUAAAGGAAUCCUGUAUUGACAAAUCAAAAAGCCGAUAAGAGCAAAAUGGCAAAUGCAGAUGACGGGCCAAUGGGCAAAAAUAAACGAGAAAAUUUAACAAAGGUAAGGGAGCAGUUGCAAGACAUGGAUCCAGGGCAAGUCUUACUGAAGAUGUCAACAAUCUGCAAUGAAAAAAACGUCCGCUUAGUUUUUAAUGGGCAAGACGAAGAAAAGAUACUAAUCAUCCCUGAUCGCUUUGAGAGAUGUAAUAACUUCGUAACAGCUUUACAAAGAAGUGGUGAUAGAGCCUAUGACAUAUUUCGGCAGGCGCUUGAAGAGGUUCAUCCACAUCUUAGAAAUAUUCUUCCCGGAGGUGAGAAUCUUGAUGAAAGACUACUCUUUUCGAGAAUCGUCCGAACUAAUGAACAAUUCUCUUGGGCUAUCAGAGACCCUGGUGUUUGGAUUAUAUUUUCUUCGAUACAUGUGUCGGGACCUAAGCGGGUCAAGUGUUUGAAAUGGCCGGAUUGCGAUAUUAAGGAUCGUCUUGAGGAACAAGAGUGCCUGGUCAGCCGCGCCAUAGAGCUUCGCUGUGACGAUUCCGGCGAAAAUUUCAAUGACCUAACGGCUACUAUAGCCUUGUUUCACAACGUUUCUACCUUGAGAAGUGGACAGGAGAUAAUAAUAAAGGAAUUGGUCAACUAUAAAGAAAAGGGAAAGAAGCCG